AUGCUACUGUCAACACUUGCUACGGGCAAUAACACUUCUGUGGGCACACAGCUUUACAGAAGCCUGCUUUUAAACUAUGAGAAAAAUGUCCGGCCUGGAUUAGACUAUAGUUACCCAACCAUGGUGAAAUGUCAAUUUAAAUUUGUAGGACUGAACAGAUUUCAAGAAAUAGACAGCAAACUUUCAAUACAGGGCGUUUUCAUAAUCGAAUGGUUUGAUGAACGUCUCAUGUGGGACCCAUAUGCAAACGGCAAUAUUUCAAGUACAUUGGUUCCUCAGGAAUUGCUAUGGAAACCAGAUAUAGCCAUAGCCAAUGCAUACUUUGGUGUUCAAUUUCUUAUUAAGGAUGGAGUCAGUAUUCGAGUAAAAUACAACGGAGCAUUGAUGUGGGUGACUGGAGACACAUUUGUAAUUUAUUGCGACGCUGACGUCACUUAUUACCCCGUGGAUUCACAAACCUGUAGUAUAAACAUGAUAACGUGGAAUUCGUAUCCCUUCGAAGUUACGUUUGACAAAGUCGGUGCAGAUACCACUUUUGAGCGUAAUUUUUCAGCUGGUAAUCCUUCAUGGGACGUCAAGGAUAUCACAAUGACUACAACAAUCAACCCAGGUAUCGCUACAACAGUGUUGUCCGUCAACAUUAAGUUAAAACGAUUACCAGAAUAUAUCGUCGUCAAUAUCAUACUCCCGGUUUGUUUUCUUUGUAUCAUCAACAUUUUCGUUUUUGUCCUUCCUGCAGAAUCUGGAGAGAGAAUAGGAUUUUCCAUAACCCUGCUUCUGUCAGUCGCAGUGUUCAUGACAAUAUUAUCAGACUCUCUUCCUCAAUCGUCAAGACCUCAAAUCGCGACUUUGUGCUACUUCCUCUUCUCACAGUUGAUGGUCAGCAUACUUAUGAUGAUCUUCACCAUUUAUGGACUUCGAUUUUACUGGAUGAUGCCUGAUAAGUCGAUUCCAGUUUAUCUGAAGCUUUUUUCUCGAAUAAUGGAUCGGGUUUGUUUAGGAAGUCAAUGCUGCAAGCUAAGCAAGCAGGUCACGUCGAUAAAACCUACAACAGAACAUAUUCCAGACUCUGGCAAGCAAGAAAGCAACUUCAGAACUGUUCCUGAACUUGAAGAAAUUCUUCCAGAACCAGAUGAGUAUCUUACGUGGCAGAAAAUAGCAAAUGAUUUCGAUAACUUCUGCAUUAUCUUCUUCAUGACUCUCAUCGUUGUAACAAAUGCUGUUUUCUGUGAGAGACUGUCAUCACAAUGA